AUGGGUUGGGCGGGCAGCAUGGGUUGGGCGGGCAGCAUGGGUCGGGCGGGCAGCAUGGGUUGGGCGGGCAGCAUGGGUUGGGCGGGCAGCAUGGGUUGGGGCGGGCAGCAUGGGUUGGGCGGGCAGCAUGGGUUGGGCGGGCAGCAUGGGUCGGGCGGGCAGCAUGGGUUGGGCGGGCAGCAUGGGUUGGGCGGGCAGCAUGGGUCGGGCGGGCAGCAUGGGUUGGGCGGGCAGCAUGGAUUGGGCGGGCAGCAUGGGUUGGGCGGGCAGCAUGGGUUGGGCGGGCAGCAUGGGUUGGGCGGGCAGCAUGGGUCGGGCGGGCAGCAUGGGUUGGGCGGGCAGCAUGGGUCGGGCGGGCAGCAUGGGUUGGGCGGGCAGCAUGGGUUGGGCGGGCAGCAUGGGUUGGGCGGGCAGCAUGGGUUGGGCGGGCAGCAUGGGUUGGGCGGGCAGCAUGGGUUGGGCGGGCAGCAUGGGUUGGGCGGGCAGCAUGGGUCGGGGGCGGCAGCAUGGGGUUGGGCGGGGCGCAUGGAGUUGGGCGAGGCAGCAUGGGUCGAGGCGGGCAGCAUGGGGUUGGGUCGGGCAUGCAUGGGUCGGGCGGGCAAAGCAUGGGUUGGGCGGCGCAAGCAUGGGUUUGGCAGGCGCAGCAUGGGUUGGGCGGGCAGCAUGGGUCGGGCCAUUGGGUUGGGGUGGGCAGCAUGGGUUGGGGUUGGGCGGGUAAGCAUGGGUUGGGGCGGCAGCAUGGUCGGGGCGGGCAGCAUGGGUUUGGGCGGGCAGCAUGGGUCCGGCUGCUGGCCAGCAUGGGGUUGGGCGGGUCAGCAUGGGUUGGGCGGGCAGCAUGGCGUUUUGGGCGGGCAGCAUGGGUUGGGCGGGCAGCAUGGGUUGGGGCGGGCAGCAGGGGUCGGGCGGGCAGCAUGGGUUGGGCGGGCAGCAUGGGUUGGGCGGGCAGCAUGGGUCGGCGGGCAGCAUGGGUUGGGCGGGCAGCAUGGGUUGGGCGGGCAGCAUGGGUUUGGGCGGGCAGCAUGGUUGGCGGGCAGCAUGGGUUGGGCGGGCAAGCAUGGGUUGGGCGGGCAGCAUGGGUCGGGCGGGCAGCAUGGGUUGCGCGGGCAGCAUGGGUUGGGCGGGCAGCAUGGGUUGGGGCGGGCAGCAUGGGUUGGGCGGGCAGCAUGGUUGGGCGGGCAGCAUGGGUUGGGCGGGCAAGCAUGGGUUCCUGGGCGGGCAGCAUGGGUCGGCGGGCAGCAUGGGUUGGGCGGGCAGCAUGGGUCGGGCGGCACAUGGGUGGGCGGGCAGCAUGGAUUGGCGGGCAGCAUGGGUUGGGGCGGGCAGCAUGGGUUGGGCGGGCCAGCAUGGGUUGGGCGGGCAGCAUGGGUCGGGCGGGCAGCAUGGGUCGGGCGGGCAGCAUGGGUUGGCGGGCAGCAUGGGUUGGGCGGGCAGCAUGGAGUUGGGCGGGCAGCAUGGGUCGGCGGGCAGCAUGGGUUGGGCGGGCAGCAUGGGGUUGGGCGGCAGCAUGGGUUGGCGGGGCAGCAUGGGUUUGGCGGGCAGCAUGGGUUGGGCGGGCAGCAUGGGUUGGGCGGGCAGCAUGGGUUGGGCGGGCAGCAUGGGUUGGGCGGGCAGCAUGGGUCGGGCGGGCAGCAUGGGUUGGGCGGGCAGCAUGGGUUGGGCGGGCAGCAUGGGUCGGGCGGGCAGCAUGGGUUGGGCGGGCAGCAUGGGUUGGGCGGGCAGCAUGGGUUGGGCGGGCAGCAUGGGUUGGACGGGCAGCAUGGGUUGGGGCGGGCAGCAUGGGUUGGGCGAGCAGCAUGGGUCGGGCGGGCAGCAUGGGUUGGGCGGGCAGCAUGGGUUGGGCGGGCAGCAUGGGUCGGGCGGGCAGCAUGGGUUGGGCGGGCAGCAUGGAUUGGGCGGGCAGCAUGGGUUGGGCGGGCAGCAUGGGUUGGGCGGGCAGCAUGGGUUGGGGCGGGCAGCAUGGGUCGGGCGGGCAGCAUGGGUUGGGGGCGGGCAGCAUGGAUUGGGCGGGCAGCAUGGGUUGGGAGGGCAGCAUGGGUUGGGCGGGCAGCAUGGGUUGGGCGGGCAGCAUGGGUCGGGCGGGCAGCAUGGGUUGGGCGGGCAGCAUGGGUCGGGCGGGCAGCAUGGGUUGGGCGGGCAGCAUGGGUUAGGGCGGGCAGCUGGGUGGGCGGGCAGCAUGGGUUGGGCCGGGCAGCAUGGGUUGGGCGGGCAGUAUGGGAUGUGGGCGGGCAGCAUGGGUCGGGCGGGCAGCAUGGGUCGGGCGGGCAGCAUGGGUUUGGGCGGGCAGCAUGGAUUGGGCGGGCAGCAUGGGUUGGGCGGGCAGCAUGGGUUGGGCGGGCAGCAUGGGUUGGGCGGGCAGCAUGGGUUGGGCGGGCAGCAUGGGUUGGGGCGGGCAGCAUGGGUGGGCGGGCAGCAUGGGUUGGGCGGGCAGCAUGGGUUGGGGGCGGGCAGCAUGGGUUGGGCGGGCAGCAUGGGUUGGCGGGCAGUAUGGUUGGGCGGGCAGCAUGGGUCGGGCGGGCAGCAUGGGUCGGGCGGGCAGCAUGGGUUGGGCGGAGCAGCAUGGGUCGGGCGGGCAGCAUGGGUUGGGCGGGCAGCAUGGGUUGGGCGGGCAGCAUGGAUUGGGCGGGCAGCAUGGGUUGGGCGGGCAGCAUGGGUUGGGGCGGGCAGCAUGGGUUGGGCGGGCAGCAUGGGUUGGGCGGGCAGCAUGGGUCGGGCGGGCAGCAUGGGUCGGGCGGGCAGCAUGGGUUGGGCGGGCAGCAUGGGUCGGGCGGGCAGCAUGGGUUGGGCGGGCAGCAUGGGUUGGGCGGGCAGCAUGGGUUGGGCGGGCAGCAUGGGUUGGGCGGGCAGCAUGGGUUGGGCGGGCAGCAUGGGGUCGGGCGGGCAGCAUGGGUCGGGCGGGCAGCAUGGGUUGGGCGGGCAGCAUGGGUCGGGCGGGCAGCAUGGGUUGGGCGGGCAGCAUGGGUUGGCGGGCAGCAUGAUUGGGCGGGCAGCAUGGGUUGGGCGGGCAGCAUGGGUUGGGGCGGGCAGCAUGGGUUGGGCGGGCAGCAUGGGUUGGGCGGGCAGCAUGGGUUGGGCGGGCAGCAUGGGUUGGGCGGGCAGCAUGGGUUGGGCGGGCAGCAUGGGUCGGGCGGGCAGGCACAUGGGUUGGGCGGGGCAGCAUGGGUUAGGGCGGGCAGCAUGGGUUGGGCGGGCAGCAUGGGUUGGGCGGGCAGCAUGGGUUGGGCGGGCAGCAUGGGUCGGGCGGGCAGCAUGGGUUUGGGCGGGCAGCAUGGGUUGGGCGGGCAGCAUGGGUUGGGCGGGCAAGCAUGGGUCCGGGCGGGCAGCAUGGUUGGGCGGGCAGCAUGGGUUGGGCGGGCAGCAUGGGUUGGGCGGGCAGCAUGGGUCGGGCGGCAGCAUGGGUUGGGCGGGCAGCAUGGAUUGGGCGGGCAGCAUGGGUUGGGCGGGCACAUGGGUUGGGCGGGCAGCAUGGGUUGGGCGGGCAGCAUGGGUUCGGGCGGGCAGCAUGGGUUGGGCGGGGCAGCAUGGGUCGGCGGGCAGCAUGGGUUGGGCGGGCAGCAUGGGGUUGGCGGGCAGCAUGGGUUGGGCGGGGCAGCAUGGGUUGGGGCAGGCCAGCAUGGGUCGGGCGGGCAGCAUGGGUUGGGCGGGCAGCAUGGGUUGGGCGGGGCACAUGGGUUGGCAGGCAGCAUGGGUCGGGCGGCAGCAUGGGUUGGGCGGGCAGCAUGGGUUGGGCGGGCAGCAUGGGUCGGGCGGGCAGCAUGUGUUGGGCGGGCAGCAUGGUUGGGCGGGCACUGGGUGGGCGGGCAGCAUGGGUUGGGCGGGCAGCAUGGGUUGGGCGGGCAGCAUGGGUUGGGCGGGCAGCAUGGGUUGGGGCCGGGCAGCAUGGGUUGGGCGGGCAGCAUGGGUCUGGGCGGGCAGCAUGGGUCAGGGGCGGGCAGCAUGGGUUGGGCGGGCAGCAUGGGUCAGGGCGGCAGCAUGGGUUGGGCGGGCAGCAUGGGUUGGGCGGGGCAGCAUGGGUUGGGCGGGCAGCAUGGGUUGGGCGAGCAGCAUGGGUUCGGGCGGGCAGCAUGGGUUGGGCGAGGCAGCAUGGGUCGGGCGGGCAGCAUGGGUUGGGCGGGCAGCAUGGGUCGGGCGGGCAGCAUGGGUUGGCGGGCAGCAUGGGUUGGGCGGGCAGCAUGGGUUGGGCGGGCAGCAUGGGUUGGGCGGGCAGCAUGGGUUGGGCGGGCAGCAUGGGUCGGGCGGGCAGCAUGGGUCGGGCGGGCAGCAUGGGUCGGGCGGGCAGCAUGGGUUGGCGGGCAGCAUGGGUUGGGCGGGCAGCAUGGGUCGGGCGGGCAGCAUGGGUUGGGCGGGCAGCAUGGGUUGGGCGGGCAGCAUGGAUUGGGCGGGCAGCAUGGGUUGGGGCGGGCAGCAUGGGUUGGGCGGGCAGCAUGGGUUGGGCGGGCAGCAUGGGUUGGGCGGGCAGCAUGGGUCGGGGCGGGCAGCAUGGGUCGGGCGGGCAGCAUGGGUUGGGCGGGCAGCAUGGGUCGGGCGGGCAGCAUGGGUUGGGCGGGCAGCAUGGGUUGGGCGGGCAGCAUGGGUUGGGCGGGCAGCAUGGGUUGGGCGGGCAGCAUGGGUUGGGCGGGCAGCAUGGGUUGGGCGGGCAGCAUGGGUCGGGCGGGCAGCAUGGGUCGGGCGGGCAGCAUGGGUUGGGCGGGCAGCAUGGGUCGGGCGGGCAGCAUGGGUUGGGCGGGCAGCAUGGGUUGGCCGGGCAGCAUGGAUUGGGCGGGCAGCAUGGGUUGGGCGGGCAGCAUGGGUUGGGCGGGCAGCAUGGGUUGGGCGGGCAGCAUGGGUUGGGCGGGCAGCAUGGGUUGGGCGGGCAGCAUGGGUUGGGCGGGCAGCAUGGGUUGGGCGGGCAGCAUGGGUCGGGCGGGCAGCAUGGGUUGGGCGGGCAGCAUGGGUUGGGCGGGCAGCAUGGGUUGGGCGGGCAGCAUGGGUUGGGCGGGCAGCAUGGGUUGGGCGGGCAGCAUGGGUCGGGCGGGCAGCAUGGGUUGGGCGGGCAGCAUGGGUUGGGCGGGCAGCAUGGGUCGGGCGGGCAGCAUGGGUUGGGCGGGCAGCAUGGAUUGGGCGGGCAGCAUGGGUUGGGCGGGCAGCAUGGGUUGGGCGGGCAGCAUGGGUUGGGCGGGCAGCAUGGGUCGGGCGGGCAGCAUGGGUUGGGCGGGCAGCAUGGGUCGGGCGGGCAGCAUGGGUUGGGCGGGCAGCAUGGAUUGGGCGGGCAGCAUGGGUCGGGCGGGCAGCAUGGGUCGGGCGGGCAGCAUGGGUCGGGCGGGCAGCAUGGGUUGGGCGGGCAGCAUGGGUUGGGCGGGCAGCAUGGGUUGGGCGGGCAGCAUGGGUUGGGCGGGCAGCAUGGGUUGGGCGGGCAGCAUGGGUCGGGCGGGCAGCAUGGGUUGGGCGGGCAGCAUGGGUUGGGGCGGGCAGCAUGGGUCAGGCGGGCAGCAUGGGUUGGGCGGGCAGCAUGGGUUGGGCGGGCAGCAUGGGUUGGGCGGGCAGCAUGGGUUGGGCGGGCAGCAUGGGUUGGGCGGGCAGCAUGGGUUGGGCGAGCAGCAUGGGUCGGGCGGGCAGCAUGGGUUGGGCGGGCAGCAUGGGUCGGGCGGGCAGCAUGGGUUGGGCGGGCAGCAUGGGUUGGGCGGGCAGCAUGGGUUGGGCGGGCAGCAUGGGUUGGGCGGGCAGCAUGGGUUGGGCGGGCAGCAUGGGUCGGGCGGGCAGCAUGGGUCGGGCGGGCAGCAUGGGUUGGGCGGGCAGCAUGGGUCGGGCGGGCAGCAUGGGUUGGGCGGGCAGCAUGGGUCGGGCGGGCAGCAUGGGUUGGGCGGGCAGCAUGGGUCGGGCGGGCAGCAUGGGUUGGGCGGGCAGCAUGGGUUGGGCGGGCAGCAUUGUUGA